ACCCACGUGACUUGGCAACAUGGCUGCCUCCUGAAGGAAAGCGAGACAAAAUGUCAAAACCAGCUGUGUAUUAUUUGUAAACAUUUAUUAUUAUUAUUAUUAUUAAUUAUAUUCUUUUCAGCAGUUGUGUAUAAUAUAAGCAGCAGGGCGAUGUUUAGCGCCACGGUGCGGAGGUUAGCGCUCUCGCGCAGGAUGAAGCUCUCGGCGGAAGGUGAACCGCUGCACCGCUGUCUGGCUCUGAGCUCCUGCGCGUGCGGAAAAACUCUUCCGCGUAAAAAGCCCCGGGAGCUUCCUGAGAUCCAGGGACUGGAGCGCAUCACCUACGCCGAGAGGAAGCACUAUGUCCCCGGCUUGGCGAAGCCCAGGUUCCCGGACUGGGAGAAGGACUGGCACGACCCGGGCCGAUACCGAGCUCCUGCAGCCGAGACCAUGGAGCUGUACAAGCAGAGACCGUGUUACAUCUACAGCCAGAGAACCAACCCGCUGGAAGGUGUGAGACAGGCGUUGUGGCUUACCAAGACUAAACUCAUCUCGGGUUUUCCCGCUCAGCUCCUGGCGUUAGCGGAGAAUCCGGCCAAUCAGCUGGAGGAUCAGGAUGAACGAGUGCAGAACGCGAUCAGACACGCCCGCUUCUGGGACACCAAUGAACUUCGACCUCCUAAAGAGCGAUACUGUCCGUCUCUGUUACACAACCUGCUCCACCUGUGCCGAGGACUGCAGGUCUCUCAUCCGGCGCUCGGUCACAGGAUGCUGGCGGAGAAAUACAUCCUGUCAGCCAGCUGGAGCAGAGGUGAGGAUCAGUUCCAGGUGCGAGGGCAGAACGGCUUCCUGUUAAACAGCACGACUCCACUUCCUGCUGUGGCUGGAGACGAGGAGGUCCGCUCCACAUCUGAUCACGUCCUGGAGACCUUCUACCCCAUCUCCCCCACCAUCGACCUGCAGUGUGCCCACGUCUACCAGCUCCAAAACCACACCGGUUUCAGAGAGGAUUACCCUUACCCUCACGUUCACACACUCUUCGUGAUGGAGGCUGGAGAUGCACCUAAACUCCAACCCGAGCAGCUGAGAGCUAAACUCAUCAUGUUUGCGUUUGGGAACGCCCUCGCUCGCGCCCGCGCUCUAUACGGAAACGAGUCCCGGGUUCUGGAGAAGCCCAUCGUUGUGCAGAGCGUUGGCACCAACGGCCGUCUCUUCCAGUUUGUAGUUUUCCAGCUGAACACCACGGACCUGGAGUCGGACAGCGGCGUGAAGAACCUGGCGUGGGUCGACGCCGAUCAGCAGCUCUACGACUUCGCCAAGGUCCGGCCUUUCAUCAAGAAGAAGGUGGUGAAGGUUCCUGCUGGUUUGUCCGGAUAUCAGCCAGAAACCUUCAAAAAAUUCCUGGCGCUUUACCUGCACGGAGCCGCAAACUGAAACCAACCACUGCUUUUUUUUUUUUUUUCCCUGUAAGUUUAAUAUUUCAUAAUAAUGUAAAAUGCAAAAAAAAAAAAAAGAAUAAA